AUGGAUAUGGAUCAAGAGAUCGGUCAAAAUCCUCCUGGAUUUGAUGGUGAACCAGUCCCGAUCAGUGGUAACCAGGAGACUGAACCAGUCCCUGAAGACAACUUUUGGGAAAAUGAGUUAUUCAACAGAGGAGUACAAGAUGAUGAUCAUGUGAAGGAAAACGGCAACAAAAGCUCCAUCACUCAAGGGGAAACAGACCUGAACCAACUCCCGGCGAUUCCGCCGGCUUCUAACGGCGAAGGUUUGCCGUUUGCGCCUGUCGAUUUCCCGAGCGCCGGUGAUGUUUGGAGUUGGAGAGUUGGGAGGAGAGUGACUGCUACAGGGCUUCAUAAAGAUCGGUUUCUGUUUCUCCCUGACAGGCUUAAGAUCAAGAAUGCACCAAAGUCAUUUGCGAGCAAGAACACUCUUUCUCGUUACCUUGAAUCGAAUUUCCCUGAGAUGGAUGUUAAUGCGUUCUUUGCAUGUUUUAGCUGGAACAUCCCGGCUCUGUUUCAGCCUGCGGAUAGAGUUGAUGCUGCAUCUCUGUUUGAAGAGACGUCUAAAGAAGUACAGAAUCAAGGUGAUGAUGGGAAGAAGGAAGGAUCUACUUCGCGUUACAGCCAGAGGAAGAGAAAACCUGUGCAGACACAGACUUAUGAACCUGUUGAACAGAAACCUAAAUCAACUCCACGAGCUAUCAACAAGAAGAAGAAAGAGAAAGAAGUCUCUACAACUCCCGCAGCAACCAAACCGAAGCCAUCUAGGCAGCCUUCUUCGAGACGCUCCACAAGACAGCGAGAAAGUAAUGUGGUUAACUUGGAAGAAGAAGAAGAGAACGAACCAGCUGCAACGAAACCGAGCAAGAGAAUGAAGAAACGCAGAGGUAAUGUAGCAGAGGAAGCAGAAGACGUAUCGAUUCCUCAUAUCUAUGUUUCUCCGAUGAACGGUGUCCUUGCGGUUUCUCACUCUCCUGUUGAUAUUAACCCGGAAGAGUUCGACAGUUAUCUCAACACUCUGGAGAAUCUUCUUCAGCAGCAGCCUUCAGAAGCAGGACAUGAGUCUUCUUCAUCUGUUCCCGUUACUUCGAGCUCUCCAAUGAAAGAAUACGAAUGGGCGGAAGCUAGGAUGAAGCUUUCAUCGUUUCUGGACAAAGACUUCUCUUCCUUGUUAAUGUCCAACGAAGCUGCGGAGAUAGCAAGCUUGGCAACAAAGCUGAAGAAAGAUCCAAGCCUUACAGCUGAAGAGAUAGUGAGGCUGAAGCUUAUAGAAGAGAUUCCAACUUUCAGCGAAGUCUUUCAGGAGAACAAAAGCGUGAUCGUGGAAGCAGAUAGGUUCUUCUCUGCUCUCGAGCUUAACAAAGCCAAAGUCGCAUCUCUCAAGUACGAGUACAGCGAUUUAAAGGACAAGCUAGGAAAUAUACAGACUGAAGUCGAUGCAAACACCGAGUCGAUCCGUCAGAUCGACGAGCAAAUCGCUCAGCUUCAAGCUAGACGCACCGAGCUGACACGUGGCAUCAGUAGCAAAGAGAAAGAGAAAGUUGAUCUGAGCUAUGGUCAGAAGAUGGUAGCGAACUCGAUCCCUAAAGUGGUUCAAGAAGUUCAAGCAGCUAACUCCAAGAAACCAGAUUGGGAAGUGAAGAAAGAAAACGCUCUUAAACGUGAAGCAGAGAUCCUCAACAAAUUCUCCUCUCUCAAAGGUUUUUUUCUCUAA